AUGCCGCCGACCGGCAACCCGUUCAAUUUCGCACGAAUUACUCUGCUAGCCCUGGUCGAGGUGCUUAUCGUCAAGAAAACCAGUUAUCGCCAUGUUCUCCCCUUCUCUACCACAUCGCUGGUCCUGGCGAUCCUGGCAAUCAACUACGUCUUCUUUCUCGCCUGGAAGCUGUAUCUAUACCCCGUCUACUUUCACCCUCUCUCAAAGUUCCCAGCACCAAAGGUCGUCGACCUCUGGCGAGUGCUGGCUCGUUUUCGGGGAAAGGUCCCGCCUGGCCAGCUACUCCUCGAACUAGCCGAGCGUACCCCCAACGAUGGCAUCAUCAUUCUACAAGGAGGAUUCGGUACUUCCAUGCUGAUUACCAAGCCCGCACCCCUUGCCGACAUACUCGUCCAUCAUCCGUACGACUUCGUCAAGCACGACGCGAUACGAAAUUUCCUGCGUCCGAUUCUAGGCGACGGCCUGGUUAUUGUCGAGGGCGAGCAGCACAAAUUCCUGCGCAAGAAUACCCAGCCGGCAUUCAAAUUCGGUCAUAUCAAGGAGCUCUACCCAACAAUGUGGACCAAGGCAAUUGAGAUGAACCAUGUUUUGAAGGAAGAGCUCAGAGAGAAGGGCAACGACACGAGCGUCGAGAUCAAUGCCUGGGCGGGCAAAGUCACCCUGGACAUUAUUGGCAUCGCUGCCUUUGGCCGUGACUUUCGCGUACUCGAAAGGCCCGACCAUCCUCUGGUCAAGAAUUAUGCCGAUCUGUUAGAGCCAGGGCCAGCAAAGUUCGCCUACUUCUUCCUGACCCUGACACUCUCUCGAAAGUUUGUCGACCUGUUCCCAUGGGAAAUUUCUAGGAGAUUCAACCGAACGACCUCCAAUAUUAGAAGGAUAUGUGCCGAACUUGUUCGCGAAAGAAAGGCAGAAAUUGAAAAGCUUGGAGACGACCAGUUCGAUAUCCUGUCUCUGCUUAUCAGAAGCAAUAACUUUUCCGAGGCUGAGUUGGUCGAUCAGCUUCUGACCUUUCUGGCCGCUGGCCACGAAACGACUUCUUCCGCCUUUACCUGGGCUGUCUAUAGACUCGCCCAGGACGGCGAAAUGCAAUCCACUCUUCGGUCUGAACUUAUACGCGCCUUACCCGACUUUCCCAGGUUUGCGCCUGGUCAGGACAUUGCCAGUAUCCUCGAACAUCUCCCGUAUCUGAAUGGUGUCAUGAACGAGACCCUCCGUCUCUAUCCUACUGUCCCUAUGACUGUCCGCACCGCCACCUGCGACACAACUGUAUUGGGCCAUCCGAUAAAGAAGGGUACAGAGAUCAUGAUCUCGCCUUGGCUUAUCAAUCGAUAUUCCGACAACUGGCCUAGCGCGUCAACAGAGUUCAAACCGGAGAGAUGGAUCGACCAAGAGGGAACCCACAUUGCAGAGGACGGGACCGAACAGCCAACACAAAAGCCUAACAACACCGGCGGAGUAACGAGCAAUUAUGCCCAGAUGACGUUUCUCCAUGGUCCAAGAAGCUGCAUUGGUCAAGGAUUCGCCAAGGCUGAGCUUCGAUGCUUGCUGGCCGCGUUUGUUUUGGCAUUUGAGUGGGAGCUUGGGAUGGACGAAAAAGACGUCAUGCCUGACGGUGUAAUCACAAUCAAGCCCAAUAAUGGGAUGCACUUGAUAUUACGGAGUCUUCACGGGCACCAAAAGGGCUGAUUUGCUUUUGUAUCGAAGGACUAAUAUCCAUCUCCCGCUUCC